CCCGAACCGCCAUUUUGAAAAUCUUGUUGAUUCUGAGGAGCGGGGAGAGAGAGGAGAGCGCGCGGCGCGAGGACCUCGGCCCGCGCGCCUUCUACUCAGCGGCGGCCUUCUCGUGCGCACCCGCGACCCCCAGCAUGUCGGCGGCGGCGGCCCCCGCUGCAGAGGGAGAGGACGCCCCGGUGCAGCCCGCGUCCGAGAAGGAGCCGGAGAUGCCGGGCCCCCGGGAUGAGAGUGAGGAGGAGGAGGAAGAGGAGGAGGAGGACGACGACGAGGACGAGGAGGAAGAAAAAGAAAAGAGUCUUAUCGUGGAAGGCAAGAGAGAAAAGAAGAAAGUAGAAAGAUUGACAAUGCAAGUGUCUUCCUUACAAAGAGAACCAUUUACAAUUGCACAAGGGAAGGGUCAGAAACUUUGUGAAAUUGAAAGGAUACAUUUCUUUCUGAGUAAGAAAAAAACAGAUGAACUGAGAAAUCUACACAAACUACUUUACAACAGACCGGGCACAGUGUCCUCAUUAAAGAAGAAUGUGGGUCAGUUCAGUGGCUUUCCAUUUGAAAAAGGAAGUACUCAGUAUAAAAAGAAGGAAGAAAUGUUGAAAAAGUUUAGAAAUGCCAUGUUAAAGAGCAUCUGUGAGGUUCUUGAUUUAGAGAGGUCAGGUGUGAACAGUGAACUAGUGAAGAGGAUCUUGAAUUUCUUAAUGCAUCCAAAACCUUCUGGUAAGCCAUUGCCAAAAUCCAAAAAAUCUUCAAGCAAAGGUAGUAAAAAGGAACGGAACAGUUCGGGAAUGACAAGGAAGUCAAAGCAAACUAAAUGUCCUGAAAUCCUGUCAGAUGAAUCUAGUAGUGAUGAAGAUGAGAAGAAAAAUAAGGAAGAGUCUUCAGAAGAUGAAGAGAAAGAAAGUGAAGAGGAGCAACCACCAAAAAAGACAUCUAAAAAAGAAAAAGCAAAACAGAAAGCUACUCCUAAAAGUAAAAAAUCUGUAAAAAGUGCUAAUGUUAAGAAGGCAGAUAGCAGCACCACCAAGAAGAACCAAAACAGUUCCAAAAAAGAGUCCGAAUCUGAAGAUAGUUCUGAUGAUGAGCCACUAAUUAAAAAAUUGAAAAAACCACCUACAGAUGAAGAGUUAAAGGAAACAGUGAAGAAAUUAUUGGCUGAUGCUAACUUGGAAGAAGUCACAAUGAAGCAGAUUUGCAAAGAGGUAUAUGAAAAUUAUCCCGCUUAUGAUUUAACUGAGAGGAAAGAUUUCAUUAAAACAACUGUAAAAGAGCUAAUUUCUUGAGAGGACAGAUGGCUUGUUCUCAGAUUUGAAGAUCUGAUUUAUACCAGCAAAGAGAAUGUAUUCUUUUUUAAGUCUGUUGUCGUAGGUAGAACUUGCUGCUGAGUCCUUUUGAGUGUUAAAUAUAUUUGAGCUUGCGGUUUUAAAUUGCAUUUUCUUGCAGUUUUCAGUCUUGCAUGGCUGUAAUUGUUCCUUGCUUUUUAUAGUUGUACAUUUUGGAUUUCUUAAAGGUCAUAGAUUCCUGAACUGUUGUGAAUUUUCGUGCAUUUAAUGUUAGCUUGCUUAAGACAUACUUUUAAUCAAAGCAAAAACUAUUAUAACCAGCAUUUAUACGUGCAGAGACUAGUAUAUGAAAUAUUUUGAAUACACCUUCUGUCAGUGUGAAAACCUAGUGGUGGUUUGUUCAUAUUAGAGCACAGCUGUUCAGUUGACCGAGUUGGAUUUUUUUUUCUGCAUGUGUAUAUAUGUCAAGUUGUUGGCAUGACAGAAGUGACAGAUGUUAUUUUUGUAUUUUUAAAAAACAAUUUGUUGUAUAUAAUUUUUUUUUUAAUUUCUUUUGUGCAGAUCAAUUUUUAAACUCUUGUAGGCGUCUUUACACUCGUAACUAAAUGUCAGUGUUCAGCCAGGCAGCAAUGACAGCAGUCAGAGUUCAGUGGUGGCGACACUGAGGACUGUUCAGUUCUGCUUUGCUCUGAAAGUGUCAUCAAUUUGUGGUUGUGUUAACUUUAAGUGUCAUAGAAAUUUUAUAUAGAGGAUCAACAAAAAAAAACACACAUCACAGCUCCAAAAACUGGGAGCAAGUGAGCACACUUGACUUGUAUGUAAGUGAACUGAUUUUGACCAUAUAAAUAUUAGAUACAAGAAACCCAGUUACCUUCAUAAUUAUGAUUAAAAGUAUCAGAUGUAAUGCCAGAAUUGUUGUGUGGACAGUGUAGGUAUCUCUAAAAGUAUUUCUCAAAAACCAUACAUUAAAUUUCUUUAAAUUAAGUAUUACAGAAUCAAAGUUUUU